AUCGAACAAAUUCAAAAUACAAAAAAAAAUUAAAGUUAAAAAAAAAAAAAAACCACGAUGAAAGGAUUAGAGAAGCCAAGGCUAAAUGACAACUUGGUCGGAGGAAUGUACGGCCAAACGCAAAGACAACGCUUCCAAGCCCACGUCUACGAAGAGUACAAAACGUACGGAAGGUUCCACGAAGAGAUAGAGGAAGAGUUCCCUCUCGGCGGCGGCCGCCACCAGCAACUGACGCUCGGCCCUUCCUACAAUGGCAAGAAAGAGGAUUACGGCUUUAAGCACGGAUUCGGCUACAAGGGCAAGGAGGAGGAAGAGAAGUACGGUUUCAAACACGGAUUUGGAUACAAGGGCAAAAGAGAGGAGGAGGCCGAGGCCGAGGACGAGGAGUUAUAUCGAAACCCUAAACUUAACUUGAUGCAGAGCCGUGCCUCCCGUCUGCCGCCCUUGAAGUGUGAGGCUCGUAUUUCGGAUGAUGAUGAUGAGGAGGAGGACGAUUACCGUGUUCGCCUUAGGCAGUACCGAAAGGAACACGAAGGGGACAAGGUUAGGCAUCAGCCACAUCUACAAUACAAGCCUCAUGCUGUGCAUGGCGAGGAGGAGAAGGAUUACCGAUACAGGAGUUCUCAAUUACAUAACCAUGGCCGUAGCUCGAAUUUCAAGCUUACGCCUCCUAUGACCCCGCCUAAGAAAAACAACAAGGUGGUGAGCGAUGGAUGGCACGGCCGGCAGGAAGAAACACACAAGUUUGUGGACCCCGAGAUUCUUACACGUCUAGUGUUCAUAAAGCCGAGCCCCGGCGGUCCGGAGAUGAAGUGGAAGGAGACAGCUGCCGCCAUGGGGAGCUGGAGGGUUCAACAUGGUGGCUACAUGGAGGCCAAGUGGGCCCGUAAUGGUACCUGACCUAAUAAGACACGCACAUCUAUAUACACACACACAUAUAUAUAUAUAUGCACUUAUGUAUAUGGAUGAUCGACGAAAGAAGUUUGUGCGUCCUAUCCUUACGGAGACGAGACGGGUCUUGUUGUUGAAUUAAUAAGUGAUAUAUGAAUAAUGAUUUUAUAACUAUAAGAGUGAAAUCGAAUGUAUAAUGUAAUCAUCAAAUACGCAGUGUGGAAUAUAAUGUUUGAGGUUAAGUGAGCAAUUA